AAUAACUAUCAGUAAAAUUCGAUCACGCACUUGAUUUGUUUACAAAAUUUUGGUCAAAAGCUCAAUAUUUUAAUGUUUAUAAUGCUUUGUUGGCAUGAAGAUUAACAUGUCAACAGUUUAGAAACUAUCCGGAUAAACUAUUAUUUCUGCAGAUUUAAAAUCUCUUGAGAUGCAAAUCUUACGUGACGAUGUUUGGAUAAGAGUAUAUAUCGAGAGUUAUAGUUAAGCCUUUAUUCAGGUUUUGAAAGAAGAAAUCAACUUGAAUCACAGAUGCUUAGAUGUUACUGUCUGUGAGUAAAAAUAAACUCAAAGAAUGCCAACAACAAGAAAGAUAGUAAAAACACAGAGAUGUGAAUAAGCGCUUAUAAAAAGAACAUUAAGAAAAUGAUUUCUGUGAACAGAACUAGAUUUGAAAAUACUGUAAAAGUGACUCGUACAUGUAAGUAAAAGUUUCUGUGUAAACUGUUUUCAUUCACUUGAACAAUCCAGCUUGAGAUAUGGCCUUGAUAAAAACAGAUAUUUGUGUAAUUUAUAACAAGAUUUUAAUUUGUGUUCAGUGAAAAGUGAAUGUUAAUUUGUUAGGACUGUGUACGAGUUUAGUUCAGUGAAGCGUUAACGAAAGAGGAAGGAUUUUAUGGCAGUUAUGGAAACCGUUGUUGCCGUAGCGAUUGGAAUCCUGUCAACUAUAUUUGUCGUGUCCCUAGUAGCAUUAAUUUUUGUGUGCUGCCAAAGAUGUCGAAGGAGGGAUUUAAUCUCACAGCUUCACAGAGAAACCAGACCAGAUGUUCAACUCAUUGUAGACGAACCACAACAUUCCAAGUCAGAGGUAGAAUUAGGGGAGGUGGAACUCGCUAACCCAAAAUUAGACGAAAUUUUACAAAAUGAGCACUGGGUGGAUGAUGCAUCGGGAUUAGUUCCACAUUGUAUUGCCAUUUUAAAAACUUGUCAUGAGCUUGCAGAGCGUCUUGUUGGCAUGACGAUGAACAACUCUGACAAGAUACGUACGGAAGAAAUGUUAACAGAAAUAGUCUCAGUAGCAAAGAGAAUCAACCCUCGUGUUGAUGAAGUUGUGCAAUCAAUGUAUCCUCCUCUAGAUCCUAGAUUGUUAGAAGCAAGGUGUACAGCAUUAGUUCUCUCAGUUAGUCAUUUAGUUCUGGUCACAAAACAAGCGUGUAGAUUGUCACAAAAUAUAGACUGGAUUGACCAGUCGUUAGCUGAUGCUGAUGAUCAUUUAAAAGUUUUACAAGAAGCAAGUUUUAAUCUUGCUCCUGAUGUCAGAUCUCCGUCAAACUCAGUCGCUUCAGUUGACAGUCAGCAGCCUAUGAUGAAUGGCCAUGUGACUCAAUUUAACCAAUCAUCACAGGUGUAACAAAUUGAUAUAUGGCUAUCAUUGUCAUGUAAUACUCUUCAGUCAAUCAACACAGGUGUAACAAAAUCAUCUUUAUUUGUCAUGGAAUGCUUUGAUUUAGUCGAUCAGCAAGAACUUUUCUGAUUGGUUGAUUGCCAAUCUGUAUAACAAAUCAUCACAGACAGGGCAUUAACAUGAAGAAUAAUGUUGUAAAAAGAAAUAUUCUUGUUCACGGAUUAUUUCUUGGUAGAGUGUAAACAACUUCUACCAAUCCCAGUGAAUUGAUUGAUGCAGCUGCAAGAACUGAACAUGCGUGCACAGCUGUAAACAAUGCUGUAAGAUGCUGUGUUAUUGGUUGACAUAUAUAUUUGAGCCAAUCAACACUUGCUUUACAAAUUUCAUUUCAUUCAUGAAAGGAGAUGGAUGUUUUAAACGGACAGCAGAGUAAUUUCUGUGCAUUGUAAACGUUGAAAAUAAAGUGCUACAAGCAGUACGAUUAGUUGUCAGUAAUUGUGGCUGCGUAUCGACCCUGAUGGAGAAGGAACAUAUGUCCUUUAAAAAACAUUUCCAACACCCAGAGGUGGUCGAUUUUAUCUGUUUAUACAUGUAUCUGCUAAACAUUGAAGUCAAGUUCAGAUAUAAACUGUGAUUGUACAUGUAUAUGUAAUUGCCGUGUACAUAAACAACUUUUAAUCUUUAAGCCAUAUGUUUUGUUUUAUAUAUUUGUGUCAAGGAUGCUGAUUGGUUUAGCUUAUUCUUCAAGAUACUUUGUUAGAUAACAUAUAUGAUUGGUCAAUGUUUCUUCCAUCUGAUAUUAAAGAGAUUUUUAAAUUGAUGCCUGACAAUUUAGGUGACUUCAAUGCAGGAUUAUAACUCAUUAAAAAUAAACAAAAAAGUGGUAAAUGUGAAUAAGUCAAGUGACUGUAAACACACUAGAUUUAUGGCAUAACUAUGUUUACUUUUUAAGUUGAACCAGGGGUUGUAUGAUAUCCCAGAAGUGUUGUUAAGAAUCUGGCAUUAGAUGCUAUUUUUUGUUACAAUUUAGUGUUGUUGUGUCUUUUGAUAAGAUAUCAUGUUUGUACUGAUAAUAAAUUUUGAUUGUUGAAUGCAUUAUUCUGUAACUAAACAUUACAUUUAUAGCUAUAAGAUGUAACCAUAAUUUUCACAUUUUAAAUAAUACUUCAGCUGGUUAAAACAAAGAAUGGAUUUGCAAUUGUUUUUAUCUGAUGAAUAUUUUUCAGGACAGAUCAGUUAUACUUCAAACAUUAUUCUCAUGUAACUGUGUUACAGCCUUUUAUAAUUUUUGCUGUAUGAAUAAAUAUAAAAAAUGGGGAGUCAGUCCCAUGUAUCGAAAACUUUCAAAUGUUGUGACACUGGAUAUUAAUUACUCAUUUUUUAAAAAUAUCAAGUUUUAAUAUGUGUACUUACUUCUCCAGUUUGAUAUAGUUCUACAGAAUUAUUUUUAUAGUUAUUUUUAAUGAAAAAAUCAAAAAUUUUCUUUUUAUAAACUGUUGUUGUUUUUUAUUCUAUCAAUUUAUUGCAUUUUGAUAAUACUCAAUUUCUAUUUUUGUAAUUUUUGAAAUGAUAUAAAUAUCUUCUUUUAAAAGUAUUGAAAACAAGUACUGAUUACCAUUAUAUGUAGGGACGUCUGUGGCCGAGUGGUUAACGUCAUUGACUUUAAACCACUUGGCCCUCACUGUUAUGGAUUUGAAUCCCAACAGGGUCUUUAGAUUCUCUCAUGUGAGGAAGCUAUCCAGCUAGCUUAUGGAACAUCAGUGGUUCUACUCAGGGGACCAUUUGUGCCUGAAAUAAUGCACGGAAGGGCACCUGAGGUCUUCCUCCACCAGUAAAGCUGGAACAUCACCAUAUGACCUAUACUGUGUUGGUGUGACAUAUAAACCAGUCAAACAAACAAACCAUUAUAGGUAUUGUUUUAUGAAAAUCAUUUCUAAGAAUGUAUAAAAUAUAAUGUGUUUGUUUCCUAUGGCAGCUUGAAUUAAUACUAUGGUAUAUUAGUUUGUAAUGUUAGAUUUGGAAGACGUCUGAAUUUUUUUUUAUUUUUGCGUUACAUAUUUUCUUCAUCUUUUAUAUUAACACAAUUAUGUGAUGUUAAAAUUAAAUACUCCAUAAUUAUAAUUAGUGAUAUAUUAUUUGAAAGCUUCAACACUAUAAUCUUUAAUAAUUUUAUAAAGGCAACAGUUUAUCACCAAAGAUUUGAACUAAUUAUUGAAAUUCAGCAAAUUGUUUUGAAAGGGAGAUAAUCAGUACCAUAGAUUUUUUUUAGCUUUUCAAGAGUUGUGUACCUUUUGUUAAUGUAUACCAGAAUACAUGUUAUAAUUGUAUUAUGUACAGCAUACAUAUUGCUACAAAAAUUAUUUUACGCAAACAUGAUGUAUUUGUUAUUGUCUCAGCAAUUUUUAGCAUUGUUUUUAUAUAAAAAAAACUUUUGUUACUUGAUUUUAAAUAAUGAUAAUUUUUCAAUGUGCUUAGAUUACAAUGUGCCUUUAAACAUGUUAUGUGAUGUUACAUCCUCAAUGUGCUUUUAUCAAGUUAAAAUAUUUACAUCAGUAAAUAUGCUUUAAUAAAAAAAUGUAUUGAUGCUGUGAAUGAUUUUAACUUUAAAUUUUUGUAUGAAAGUAUUUAAAUAAACAACUCAGUUAUGAUUGGUGAAAUGUGUAUACAUUUUUGUUCACAUAAUAUUUUUUACAAAACCCUUGUUGCUUUUAUGUAUGUAUUCUAUGCUUAUUGAGGGUCCAUCCGCCCUUUCAGGCACUGAGAGUAUGGACCCCUUGGUUGUUUUAAAAUCAAACUAGAUACUCUUUUAUACUCUAUUCAUGAAGGUUUAUGUAUCAUAGCAACAAUACUUCAGCUUUUAUAAGACAUGAUAAUUGAUGUUGAUUAAAAAUUUGAAUUGUUCUUCUGUAAUAUAUGUAAAACAAGUGUUCUUCAUCUUAUAAAAAACCCUACACUGAUUAACAUAAUGGGGUGGUUAAAAGAAUAUUUAUUGUAGCCAUUCUUUCUGUGUCCUGUUUAUUUAAGACAAAAAUAUGCUUUAUAUUGACUGUGAAUUGAUAUGAUACCACUUUUGCUUUUAGAGAUAUCUUGAUUUUUGCUUGUGAAUAGAGCCACACUUUUAUUAUAUAUGGGACCAAAAAUAUAUUUUUGGUGCCAGAUUUAUAAGUCUAUUGAAUUUAAGCUUUACCUACUCUAACUUUCCACUUUCAGUAGUUACUAGUAAUCUUAUUAAUAGACUUAAUUGUAUACAAUUAUUCUAUAUUUGUUUUUGUUAAGAAAUGCUAGUAGUAACGUUUAUGAAACUGUUUAUGGUGUUAAUUUUGAAGAAAUUAAAACAAACAGUGUAUGAAUGAAACAUUCCAGAUAUUUGCCAUAUGAUUAUGUAUAAAACAAUUCAGACAUUGACCAUACAGUUAUGUAUGAAAUAUUCCAGGCAUUUACCCUACAGUUAUGCAUGAAACAUUCCAGACAUUUGCCAUAUGAUUAUGUCUAAAACAAUUCAGACAUUGGUCAUACAUUUAUGCAUGAAACAUUUCAGACAUUGACCAUACAGUUAUGUAUGAACCAUUCCAGACAUUUACCCUACAGUUAUGUAUGAAACAUUCCAGACAUUUACCCUACAGUUAUGCAUGAAGCAUUCAGGACAUUUAUGCUACAGUUAUGUAUGAAACAUUCCAGACAUUUGCAAUAUUAUUUUGCAUGAAACAUUUCAGACAUUGACCAUAUAUUUAUAAAUGGAACAUUCUAGACACUUACUUUAAAUGUAUGAAAAAUUUCAGACAUUUGCCAUAUAAUUAUGUAUGAAAUAUUUUAGACAUUGACCAUACAUUUAUUUAUGAAACAUUCCAGACAUUUACCCUACAGUUAAGUAUGAAACAUUCCAGGCAUUUACCCUACAGUUAUGUAUGGGACAUUCCAGACAUUUACCCUACAGUUAUAUAUGAAACAUUUCAGACAUUGACCAUACAGUUUAUUUGUGAAACAUUCCAGACAUUUACCAUACCAUUAUGCAUAAACUUAUGUUUGAAACAUUUCAGACAUUUGCCAUACAAAUAUUAUGAAAUAUUAAGACAUUUUCACUACUUACAGAAAUGACACGUUCCAUUUAUUACACAUACUGUUACUUGUUUUGUACUCAUUAUUUGUGUUAUGUACAUGUUUGUGAUUUUUGAUACACACUAUGCAUACUGUAUGACUAUAAUAAAAGAAUACA